CUACCCUAAUAUCUAUCAUAAUAAUAAAACUAAAACAUAAAUCUAUCUUUAGUAAUAAAAAUCCAAACUUACAUAUUUCUUAAUUAAAAUAUAUUAUAAUGGGAUUUUCAACGGCAAAGGAUGUGUGGUUGGCCCCUAUUCAGCGAGAUUGGCCCUUGUUCAUAUCAUUUGUCAUUUUUUGGUUUGGUGUUCAAUUCUUCUCUGGGAUCGUGUUGCGCCGCAUCAUUCCUGGUUGGGAGCGAUUCUCAGCGUCAGACCAGAAGGAACUCAAGCAGCGAGCGUGCAGCGCUCUCAAUGGAAUCAUUAUGUCAGGAAGUUCAGUGAUUUUCAUUUGCAAUUUAUAUCUUCUCUCCUUUAAACUUUUGGAUGAUUUGUACCAGGUCGUUGAUUUUCCAAUAUUUUCUGUUUACAGAGUUGCAAUAGUUGCUUAUUUCACAUGGGAUGUCAUCGUUUGCUUUACCGACAAUUGGUCUUUGACAUGGAAGAUCCACGGCAUAUGUAGCUUAAUAGGGGUUUACUGUCUUUGGUUUCCAUAUGCAGACGUUUACGCUGGGUUCUACACUGGUUGUUACGAAAUCAACAACUUUUUCUUUCAUGUCUCCAUCACGCUUCAUAUGGUUGCUUCAAACAACAUAGAAAACCCAAAGGUGUACCAUACAUGCAGUAAGUACGCGGCUUGGUUUGAAUACAUAUUCGCAUUUUUAUUUGUUCUUAUUAGAUGUGUCUUUAGUACCAUAUUGACAUGUUUUUUGAUGAAAGUUGCGCUUAGAAAUCUUUAUGAAGAUAUUCUUAACAGAAAUACACCGGGCUACACGUUUCGGACGCAUGAUGAGUUGGCUUGUGUGUUGUCCACCGUAGGGAUCUUCUUAGUUCAAGGUAUUCAAUAUUAUUGGUUGUCAGAAAUUGUGAAUCGUGCAGUAAAAAUUUUUUACAAAGCGAAAAAAAAAUCCUAGAAACAUUAAUAGUUGAAUUUUAGAUUGAAAAAUACAUACACACAAAACGAACAAGCGGAUUGAGUACCAAACUAUUUAACAUUGUGUUGGAAAAGUGUUAAAAUUCCAUAGUGCCUUCUGAGUUUGCCUUUUACUCUAUUGUUGUGUCAAAAUAAAUGUUUUAACUGUAAUAACUAUACUUACCGUCCAAAACACAGGGUGCUUCAGUUGCUGGUGUAUGUACAAGUGGAGCACACAUUCUUGUGAUCAUAUGAAA